ACAAUGGGAGCAGCUAGUUAGCCGGAGAGUCGCAGCUCAUCAGGAGUGUGUGCCUUGCUGCAGUAGGAGUAGCUAAGUGCCUAAGUACACACGCCCAUGAUGUCGCCAACCUCUGCAGCUGUGCUAUUACCAGCAGCGGCUACGGCGCUGUUGGUGAUGGCGUUGCAGCUCCCGGCUGCAGCAGCAACCACCUGGCCGCAAGGGGCACCGAUAGGGCUGCCCGGCUGCGACACAACCUGCGGCAGCGUGCGCGUGCCGUACCCCUUCGGCAUCGGGCCCUCCGGCUGCUACAGGCCGGGCUUCAACCUCACCUGCGACACGCGCCACGGCCCCGCGCGGCUGCUCCUUGGCGACGGCACCCUGCGGGUCACCGAUAUCUCCCUGCGGAACGGCACCGUGCGAGUCAUCAGCAAAGACCUCAUUAUCAACACAACCGACGACUUCCCCCCCGGCGGCUUCAACGCCUCGUUCGGCCGCGCCUUCAGGGAGCACGGCUACCUGCUCUCGGAUAGGAACGAGCUCGUCGUCUCCGGGUGCAACGUCAUGGCGACGCUCUUCGCGCAUAUCGCCGGGGCAGAGAACCCUAAAACCAUCAGCGGCUGCGCCACCUUCUGCCCCAAGGUCGACGACAUUGGCGGCGUCAGCAUGUUCACGGGACUGUCUACGGGCAAGGAGGUGAAGCGCUGCAGCAGUGCCUCGGGCGACUUCACCUGCUGCAAGAAGCCCCUGUUUCGUAGAAGCCGGCUCGAUGGAGUAGUGGAGGCUAAGUGGUUCAACAGUGGGAUGGACCACAACAUGGAGCUGGAGGGUGUGGUGAGCGUGCUCGUCGCCGAGGAGGGGUGGGUCGACGACAAUGGGCUCCCCUAUGUGCACGAGUUCGUGGAGGCUCCUCUUCUCCUCGAGUGGGAGAUGACCGUGGGGGACGCGCCGAAGCACGACAACUGCUCCGAGGACGUGCGCCGCAUGCUCUGCAAGAGCGAACACACCUCUUGUUCGGCCAAGAUAGCAGGCUACGUGUGCCGCUGCGACCCUGGUUACGACGGUAACCCUUACCUCGAGGGAGGGUGCCAAGACAUCAAUGAGUGCAAGCUCCCAAGUGAAAUGAUUGCUGAGUGCUUCGGCGAGUGCUUCAACACGAUCGGAUCAUACCAGUGUUUGUGCCCGCCAGGAACUAUUGGCAACCCUCUCGUCAAAGGUGGCUGUGUCCAUUAUAACUUCACUACAGAACCUAUGGCGGAGCAGAUGAUAGGGUGGCCCAACUGCAGCACCACCUGUGGCAGCGUGCACGUGCCGUACCCCUUCGGCAUCGGCCCUGAGUGCUCCUGGCCGGGGUUUAACCUCACCUGCAACACCAGCUACAACCCCCCGAUGCUGUUUCUCGAUAGCAACAACGCCUUCCGGGUCAUCGACAUCUUGUUACGUGACUCUACGGUGCGCGUCACCCAGCAAACCUUCUUCGCUUACUACAGCUGUGACAAUGAGUCGGUUAGCAAGCAGCUGGAGGACAUUAUCAGCGAGCCCUAUAUGCUGUCGGCAAGAAACGAGUUCAUCCUCUACCAGAGCGGAGUGGACGUGAGGGCCACCAUGCACGGGGAGUACAGAAAUGGUGGCGGCAGCAGCAGCAACACUUCUGACAGUAUCAUCGCCGACUGCACCUCCAACUGCAGCUCUGUCCGAGUCGGAGAUCAUGGUGCUGGGAUCCAUGCCGGCGACCACUGCUACAACCACGAUGGCUUCUGCCGUGUGCCCAUCUCCACGGGCAGCACGCCCAAGAAAUUGGAGUUCAAAUGUCUUAAUCCUCCGCCAUCCGGGGAUAUCCUUAAUCCUCGCUAUGCAUUAGCGUUCAUCUCAGAAGAGGGGUUGUCUGAUCAUUGGUACAGGAUCUUAAACAGGAUUAGUACGGGGCUGAAUAUGGUGUCACCUCCACUUGUUCUACGGUGGGCGGUUAAGCAAGGCAUCUCAGCGCCUUCUGCUGACAGCUCGGGGCAGUGCCCCGUGGGCGUAGCCAGCCUCCUUUGCAAGAGCGAGCACAGCAUCUGCCGGCAUGAGAAUGGAGGUUUUACAUGCUACUGCUCCACCGGCUACCACGGCAACCCUUACAUCGCCGACGGAUGCCAAGAUAUAGACGAGUGCAACAUCACGGCGAUACGCAAUUCAUGCUUUGGCGAUUGCAACAACUUGCAUGGGAGCUUUGAGUGCCGCUGCGAACGAGGAACCCAUGGCAACCCCUUCAAAAGUGGCGGCUGCGUCAGGUCCCCCACAGGUUUAAUCAUUGGUUUGUCAGUGGCUAGUGGACCAGCCCUCCUACUUUUGGUUCUGGGUAUAUUAUUAGCAACCCGUAAGAUUAAGCAGCGCAGGAUUAAAGAAUUGAAACAAAAGUAUUUCAAGCAAAAUCGUGGACAACUAUUGCAACAGUUGGUGUCCCAAAAUGCAGAUAUUGCUGAAAGGAUGAUCAUACCGGUGGACGAGCUUGCAAAGGCGACAAACAACUUUGACAAAGCUCGUGUACUUGGUGGAGGAGGACAUGGUAUAGUUUACAAAGGAAUCUUGUCGGACCUACAUGUCGUAGCCAUCAAGAAAUCAAAGAUUACAGUCCAAAAAGAAAUAGAUGAGUUCAUAAAUGAAGUAGCAAUCCUCUCUCAGAUCAACCAUAAGAAUGUGGUCAAACUAUUUGGAUGUUGCCUCGAGACAGAGGUCCCAUUAUUGGUUUACGAGUUUAUUUCCAAUGGAACUCUUCAUCAUCAUCUCCAUGUUGAAGGACCAAGGUCAUUGUCUUGGGGGAACAGGUUGAGGAUCGCAGCUGAAAUAGCAUCUUCUCUUGCCUAUCUUCACUCAUCAGUUUCAAUCCCAAUAAUUCAUAGAGACAUCAAGUCCAAUAACAUACUUCUUGACGACACAUUAACGUCAAAGGUGUCGGACUUUGGAGCUUCAAAGUACAUUCCGGUUGAGCAAACAGGGUUGACAACAAAGGUUCAAGGAACAAUAGGAUACUUGGAUCCUAUGUACUUUUACACCGGCCGGCUCACCGAGAAAAGUGAUGUCUUUAGCUUUGGUGUAAUUCUCGUGGAGCUGCUCACCAGGAAGAAACCAUCAUAUUUAACCAGUGAAGGUGACGGCCUUGUUUCCCAUUUUAUCAACCUAUUUGCCGAGGGAAACCUUGUCCAAGUAAUAGAUCCACAGGUCAUAGAAGAGGGAGGUGAGGAAGUUGAACAAGUUGCCGCACUUGCAGCAUCGUGUAUAAAUUUAAGAGGCGAGGAAAGGCCAACAAUGCGACAGGUGGAACAUACGCUGGAGGGACUUCGGGGUUCCAAGAUGUAUAAGAACAAUGGUAUGGUAGCAUCAGAUUUCAUGGAUGAUGGAGUUAUGAUUAGCAGUCCGUCAUCAACUAUAGAAGGCCAAAGAUUAUUUGAGGAAUCAAGCAGAAGAUACAGUUUGGAGCAGGAGAUGAUUAUGUCUGAAAGGUACCCUCGGUAGCGCUGCGUGGUCUGUGUCUUAGUCUUACUACACAUUAGCGUAAGAGAUUGGAGCAUUAACUUGAUGUGUGAUGAUAAUACGAACGGGAUCCUCUGUAUCUUACUACUGUUGCUUUUGUUUGUUUAGCAUGAUUCAGCUGUACCCCUCUCAAAAGAAAAAAUGCA